AAACAGUACACCAUAGGCAUGAUGGGAUAUGCUGAGGAACAUGAGUCGAUAGUUUUGGAGCUGACUUACAACUACGGCGUGACUGAGUACACAAAGGGCAAUGCAUAUGCACAGAUUGCAAUAGGCACGGAUGACGUGUACAAAAGCGGUGAAGUUGUGAAGAUAAUGAACCAAGAGCUAGGAGGAAAGAUCACUAGAGAAGCCGGACCUCUUCCUGGACUCGGCACCAAGAUUGUCUCGUUCCUCGAUCCUGAUGGCUGGAAAACUGUUCUGGUAGACAACGAAGAUUUUCUGAAGGAACUGGAAUGAGGAGAGAGAGGGAUGAUGAUGGUCAAGAAUAGAUCACAGCUAAAAACGUUACCAUAAUAAUAAAAUAUGUGAUCUUUUGAAGUAGAGAAAAGACUUAGUAUUUGAUCUAAAUAAGAUGUUGGUGGUUCAGUACUUCACUUUUUGUGUGUCGUGUGCUAUGUGCUUGUUCUUUUUUAACUUUUGAGCUAAAAACUCUGUUACGUUCCUGAAUAAAAUAUACCCACCAUCUGGUUUUGGUGUUUACCGGUUA